GUUUAGGUUUUAUCAGUAUCUAUUUCUAUCCAACUUUAAUUUUAAUUAUUUAUUGCUUUGGUACACUCGUUUGCAUUUCACACGUUCCGAAAUGUUUGAAGCAUAUUAAUUAAAAUAUUAUUACUAUUGAUUUAUUACCUACCUACAGAUCGUUAUGCAGUGAGUUCAUUAUCAAGAAAUUAUAAUAACAAACAACACACCUAUCAUAAAGUCAUCUCUCUAUAUGUGUUGAUAAGAAGUGUAUUACCUAAGUUGGAUCAAUUUUUGUCGUUAGAAAUUAAAAUGGGUACUUUUAACAAGCUGAAGCCGGUUUCAUUUUUGACUUUCAGUGGAUCUACAAAUUUUAAAAACAUAUUUCACAGGUACAGCACAAACAAACAUAAAAAGUAUGAUAUUGUUGUGAUUGGUGGUGGCAUAGUAGGAUCAGCUUCUGCAAGAGAACUAGUAAAUAGACAUCCUCAGUUGAAGAUAGCUUUAGUUGAAAAAGAGGAUCGCUUUGCUUAUCAUCAAAGUGGAAAUAAUAGUGGGGUUAUUCAUGCUGGUAUAUACUAUAAACCAGGUACACUGAAAGCCAAGUUGUGUGUCAGAGGCCUUGAUUUAUCUUACAAAUAUUUAGAUAAAAAAGGCAUAAAAUAUUCAAAAUGCGGAAAAUUGAUUGUGGCAUCUGACAGAUCUGAGGUUCCUCGAUUAUUAGAUUUAUAUGACCGUGGAAUCAAAAAUGGAGUCAAAGAUUUGACUCUAUUAGAUGCUAAAGAAUUGCGUGAAGUUGAGCCUAAUUGUAAAGGAGUACAGGCACUGUGGUCUCCGCACACUGGAAUUGUGAGCUGGGGUGAAGUGACUAGGUCUUACGUGAAUGAUUUUGAAGAAAAAGGAGGCAAUUCAUACUUAAACUUCGAAGUGAGUAAAUUUACUGAAACAGACAGUGCUGAUUACCCUGUCAUGAUAAUAAACAGCAAAGGAGAUGUUGUUCAGGCUAAAUAUGUUCUGACAUGCUGUGGACUCCAUUCUGAUACCAUUGCCACUCUAACUGGCUGCCCUGAGGAACCCAAGAUUAUUCCCUUCAGAGGUGAAUAUUUAUAUGUAAAACAAAAUAAAAGCAAUAUUGCCAAAGCGAAUAUUUAUCCUGUACCAGACCCACGGUUUCCAUUUUUAGGUGUUCAUGUAACUCCCAGAAUAGAUGGACGUAUAAUAGUGGGUCCAAAUGCAAUUUUAGCAUUUUGUAAAGAAGGUUACAGAUGGAGUGACUUCAAUAGUCAUGAAUUGAAAGAAAUAUGCGGAUUCUCUGGUUUUAGAAAAAUGGCAUUCAAAUAUGCUGGAUUUGGAUUGAAGGAAAUGAUUAGAUCAGCUAUAAUACCAUUGCAAGUCAUGCAGAUACAGAAGUACAUUCAGAAUUUAACAACAGCAGAUGUUGAACGAGGACCCGCAGGUGUAAGGGCACAGGCAAUGUCUAAAGAUGGAACAUUGAUCGAGGAUUUCGUUUUUGAUACUAACCCGUCAUCGGGUGCUAUCGGUAGUCGAGUGCUGCAUUGCCGGAAUGCCCCGUCGCCGGGAGCGACCUCAUCGCUAGCUAUUGCCGAGAUGAUUGCUGAUAAAAUGAAAGAGCAUUUCAAGUUUUAACCAGUAGCGUAAGAACAAUAUUUUGUAUAUCUAUUGUAUGCUAAUCUAUGUACAGUACAUAUUUGUAAAUAUACAUGUGACUUAUGAGAUAUGUAUAUGAGAAUAUAUUAUCUAAUGUACAUUUUCAUCUCAAAAUGGGGAAUGGGUUUUGUUAAAUAAUAAUAAUAAUCACAAAAUAAUACUAUUGUAUUAUUCUAUAAAGUGUAGCGAACUAGUUGUUGCCCUCGAAAACCUAAGUAUUGAAUGAAGUGAAUUCGUGACAGAUAGACAAACUUUUGAAUCUAUAGAAGUAUGGAUAUUCAAUUGUCAUAAAUCAUAUAUGAUUGCGUUAUGUAGGUAGCUUCAGAAAGUUAGCUGGUGUUUGGUAUAGGUUGUUUUUAUUAAUUUUGCACGUAUUUAUUAAUUUUUCGUCCCAAAAUCCGUAUAAUCUCCCCUGGUAAUAAAGUGG